ACGGAAGCACCCGCUGCUCGUUAAGAAGAGUAUAAACGAUACAUGCUCUCACAUCAGAGUCUCCCAAAAUAACACCAGAAAAAGUCGCUAGAUUUGUCGCUAGUCGCCUUUUUGAAAAAGAGUCGCUAGAGGGGUCUGACGUUUGCAACAUUGGCCAUAACCAAUCCAACCAACGAAGGCAACGAGUAUUAGCCAAUCAGAGGCAGAGUAGGGCGGGUCUUCGCGCAAUUUGUGUGGGAUGAAAAUACGGAACAAAUAGAAUACAGGACCCAACAUUUAAUCGUCAACUACGGGACGAUUCCGUAUUUAAGGGACAGGUGGCAAAGUAUGUGUCCCCUCACACUAAAAACUAUCCCAGAUGGUGAUUUGAGGGGAAACGCCAUCUGCGGUUUUUAAUGUAAAUAAAUUACACAACUCCAAGGCUCACUUAUGGUCCUGUCUGUUUAUCCCAUACAUUUAAAAGAACGUAAAAAUGACACCGUGUUUUUUUUUACUACCAGUUACUGUAACAAUUUGAAAUUAAGUUAGUUAUUUAGUCCUAAUCAACUCUUAGUUAUUACAAGCCUCACAGUAAAACAAAGCGCACACACAAAAAGUAUCUGCCCAUUGUGCUGCGUCCUUCCCCUUUUGGAAACGACAGUUAACAUGGCUGACAUUUUUUACAGCGGCAACUUGACUGUCACAUUACACGAAUCGCCAUACGUUUCUGAGCACAGAGGAGUUUCGUUUAAGCAGAUUACCCCCGCCUCUCCUCUGUGAAGGCUACCAGGAAACACGCUCCCUGACUGGAACAACCGUCACGCAUUCAGCUCGCAUGUAAGAGAGGAAGCCGCUAAGACGACAUGACAGCAGCUAUCACCGUGCUUAUCCUGACGACUUCCACUCUGUGUGGAUCCACAGUGGUAUCAGGAAUCCUCAGUCGUCCCACUAACGUCAACUUGACUUCCUACAACAUGAACCUGGUGCUAACGUGGAAUCCACCUAAAGGGGCAGCCGGCAGCCUGGUCUACACUACUCAGUAUAAAACUACAGUCACAGCCUACACAGUUGGAUGUGUGAACAUCACCGCCCUCGAAUGUGACCUAACUCGCCUCAGUGAGUCAGCCAUCAAUGAGAAUGGAAAGUACACAGGCAGAGUGCUGGUGCAGUCGGGGUCAGAGGCUUCUGCCUGGGUGGAAAGUAAUCAAAUUAACAUGGAUGGAGAUACCAUCAUUGGUUCACCCGAUGUCUCUCUUUUCUCCAAUGGGCCUACUAUCGAAGUCAGCAUUAAAGAUCCAGUGUUCGCAAUAUCAGCACUCAGGAAUAUAUACAUCUUUGCCACCUACAACAUCACCUACUGGAAGGACAGCCAGAAGGAAAAGGCCAAACACAUCAGCAAUAUACAACAAAACCGUGUGGUUCUGAAUGACCUGGACCCCUGGACCAAGUACUGUGUCCAAGUACAGAUCAACACAGAGAGGAACUCCAACCCCAGUAAGCCCAGCGGAAUUGUCUGUGAGAAUACCACCAAUGAAAAAGAAUCUCCAUGGGUUGCAGCAAUGGUGACAUUUGUCUUCAUGGCACUGGCAGUGGCUCUGGGGGUGGUUGCAGUAGUGUAUCGGAAAAGUAUAUCCAACUUUUUUUGUCCAAAAGAUACCCUGCCUCAGCACUUUAAAGAGUAUCUCCUGGCACCCCCCAACUCCACCAUCUACCUGGCAAUGCAGAAUUCCCACCCACCCGAGGAGAUCUACCACAAGGUCGGUAUCAUCACAGAUGACAGGACUUUGGAGGAAGGGGGUCCUCUGGAAGAAGCAAGGGCUACCUGCAGCAGACAGUCUAAUGUCACAAUGUGAGGGAGAUAGAAGGAAGAAAUGAUCAGGAGUGACUCUACAGCGACUGAGAAACAAUACUUCACUUCAGAGUGGUCAUAUAACAAAUGAAGCCGUCCCAUAUUAUUCCUUGACUCAGGUGCUACUGUGAUGGGAUUGUAUGACAGAGUCCUAGUGUCAUACAGGACUGCUGUAAUUUGUGUGCUGUUCAGUCCUAAUGUUGGUCGCAGUAUUAACACUAUGUAACCGUAGGAGCAUGGUGAGCCACAUUGGAGCUUCCCACAGUUAAGUAUUUAUGCUUUAGAUGUGCUACAAGAUGCCCAUCCAUCAUUCUCUGUAUUUUCAAAAUAUGGACUUGUGUAAAGUGUAUUACCUGCCAUUCAGAGGGCCCCGUUUCAAAAUCAUACUGAAUUAUGGUUUUAAUUGCCUCACUGUGGCAAAAUGAAGGUUUUCUUCGUUAAAAUAGAUUUAGAUUUUAGUGGUGAUAGUUGAGUGAUGCUUGAACUGAACUGUGUGUUUGUAAUGGUCUCUUGCAACAAGGCAAACAAUGCCCAGCUCCAAUAUUUAUACAUGAAUGCUGAACUCCAUUGAACUUGAAUAAAGUUUUUUUUUCAUUG